UAUGUGAGUGAGGUCAGUCCCGGUCAGGUCAGUCUUUGUAUUUAAGAGUUCCCUGCGCUAGUCAGCACCAUUAUUUCUAGGAUUCUGUCGUUCAGUUCUAUAAAUCAUUUGAAGUCUAAAGUCGAAAAUUUUUUCUGUCAGUGAUCAUUUCGCACUUCAAGGGAGGUUGGGAGACCUGCUGAACUUGCAAAAAAUCGGGAUUUUUAUUUUUCUCGAAUUUUUUUUUGCAAAGUUCAAACUUUUCUUGUUUGAUUAGUGGCUCCUUAUCUGAGUGAUUAGUUGGGCGAUUAUCCCACCCACCCCUCCCCACCUAUGUUGUUGCCAUCUCUCGCCUUACCGUUUCUGUUUGUCUCCGGGUACCCCCUGCGGCGGCAUUGGUGAGUUGCCAUGUCAGCAGGCCAUGUCAGCAGGCCAUGUCAGCAGGCCACGUCAGCAGACCACGUCAGCAGGCCACAUCAGCAGACUACAUCAGUACGUCAGCAGGCAACGUCAGCAGGCUACGUCAGCAGGACACGUCAGCAGGACACGUCAGCAGUGCCACGUCAGCAGCAAGGGAUACCACAUCAGCAGGCCCCAGCCUGGUCUAUGCUGUUGCGAUCUCAUACAGCAGUCAUGGACCAGAGGCUCGGAGAAGCAGACGAGGCCUAUCAGGCCCGCAUGCUGGCCUGGAGUACCGAGACAAAGAAACGGGCAGAUGACGCUGCAGCAGCAGCGAAGAAGAAGGCAGAGGAUGCCGAGCAGGCACGUCUGCUGGCACUUGAACAACAGCACCAGCAUGACGAGGCAGCAGCAAGGGCUGCCGAUGAAGAAAGACACCAACGUCGUGAGAAGAUAUUUACCGGAGAGCAGGCUUUACUCACGAUGGCAGCGGACUGGCGGACCGAAGCGGAGAAUGGCAAGUUGGAGGAUAGCGCAAACAAGAUAGCGCUCCUCCUCUCGCAUCUCACAGACCUCCUGGCAACCUGCAUUACACAGCAGGAGGAUAUCCACGGUCUCGACAACUCGCUAGCUCACGUCCAAGACCGCCUUCAGCGGUUGGAGCAGCAACCAGUCGCCGCCGCCGACGCAAGCUCUUCCAAUACUGCCGACCGCCUCAACACAUUGGAAAUGGACAUCGGCUCACUCAAGGAUGGCGUGCAAUUACAGCAGACCGCGACGCAACAGUUGCAACAACGGAUCUGCACUACCGCCAACACCUCGAGUUCAAAACCGCGUGAGACAGCUCCAAAGUUCGACGGGCAGGAGAUCUUCUGUGACUCAAAGAAGACAGAUCCGGUUCCAUGGUUUCGCAAGUUCGAGCUCACGCUGCAGCUCCACAACGUCAAGGAACACAAGCACCACACAUACUUGUACUCUCGCUCAGGCGGCGCUUGUCAGGCUUGGUUGGACAACCUGUUGUCCAAGUACGGAGUGGUAGCCAACGACUUGCACACCAAGAUCAGUUGGGAUGAUCUGAAGGCGGCGUGGCACAAGCGGUUCCAGGUGGAGCCGCCGGAGAUCAAAGCCAUGGACAAGCUCAUGGUCUUCGAGCAAGGCACGCUGCCGAGUACCGACUGGAUCGCCGAGUACCAACGCUUGACGUCAGUCCCAGACAUCCAGAUGGGCUUCAAGGCCAUCCGCCAUUACUUCAUCUCAAGGUCAUGUCCGACAUUAAGUAAUGCCCUGACUCAUGUCGAGGACACCUUGACGACGACGGCGAUCAUCUUGUUGGAGACGCUCCGCCGCGCCAAGUACAAGGCCAACUGCGACAAGUGUGAAUUUGUCCGGCAGGAGCUGGAAUACUUGGGCCAUUUUGUCACACCGGAGGGCAUCAGUCCGCUAUCGGACAAGAUUCAGGCCGUCCAAGAGUGGACGGAGCCUCGGAACGUCACGGAUGUCCACUCGUUCCUCGGUCUUGCCGGCUACUAUCAGCGCUUCAUCAAAGGCUACUCGAAGAUCGCGGCCCACUUGAACAAGCUUCAAUGCGAGGAUCGGCUGUUUGACUUCAGAGAGGAGGCGCGGGGAUCAUUCUUCGCUCUCAAAGCCGCGCUAUUGUCUGCGGAGGUCUUGCGGAUAUACGACCCGCUCUUGCCUACGCGCGUCACUACAGAUGCGUCAGGCUAUGGCAUUGGUGCAGUCCUCGAGCAACAUGAUGGUGUGGACUGGCACCCGGUCGAGUACUUCAGCAAGAAAGUGCCCAUCAUGAAUUCCAUUGACGAUGCACGCAAGGAGGAACUCCUCGCCUUCGUCCACACGCUCAGGCGGUGGCGGCACUUCCUCCUUGGUCGAAGCCAAUUCCGUUGGGUAACGGACAACAAUCCGUUGGUCUUCUACAAGACCCAAGACACCGUCAACAGCACCAUCGCUCGAUGGAUGGCUUUCACCGACCAGUUCAACUUAUUUCCUGAUCACAUUCCCGGGAAGUCGAACCGUUUUGCGGAUGCUCUUUCACGACUCCGGAUCAUUGUACCGCGGUCUACUCAACUUUCGAGAUUGACGACGACCUGCGGAACAGCUUCAUCCGCGGCUACCAAGCCGGCCCCGAGUUUCGCGACAAGUACGCGAAUUGCUCCUCUCCUAAUCCGGCCCCUUCUCACUACCGGAUCCAAGAGGGGUACUUGCUUGUCCACACGCGGGGGAAGGACCUUCUUUGCGUACCGAGUGAUCCUCACUUGCGUACACGGCUUCUUGGCGAGUUCCACGAUGCUCCCGCCACGAAACACUUUGGAGUCAAUCGCGCGAUUGGCCGACUUCGCCAGCGAUUUUGGUGGCCCGGCCUUCUCGGCGACGUCACACGCUAUUGCAAGUUAUGCGAGGUUUGCCGACGCUGCAAAUCCCGCAACCAUCGUCCGUACGGCGAGUUACGACCAUUGCCAGUCCCGUUGAGGCGAAGGGAAGCGAUUGACAUGGACAUUACCGGCCCAUUCCCCAAGCACAAGACCGGAGUGGAUGGGAUUCUCACGGUGGUCG